GAAGAUAUCAACAAUAUGUGUAUCUUUUGAAAGCUGAAUAUUAAACAUCGAAAUGCUCUUGAAAUAAAUUUGGAAGAUGAUUAUUAGUAGUAGGCCUAAAUUACACAUGGGAAAGUGGCAAGUUCAGAUUUACCGAACCAGAGUUUUUGAUUAGAGCUGAGUCGCAAAAUGAAAUAACGGAAGCGGAAAUAACAUAACGGCGGGAUAAGGAAGUGUUAUCGGAAUUUAUGAAAACCAUUUAUCACAUACACAGCCAAUGCGGUAACUACCGUCUACUCUUAGUGGUUGGAAAGGGUCACGAAACCGCGUACGACAAGAAACAAGGUACUCUAGGUGAUCACUGACAGAAAGCAGCCAUGUCGUCAACAUCCCAGAAACACAAAGAGUUUGUGGCAGAACCCAUGGGGGAGAAGCCAGUCAAUGCACUUGCUGGCAUUGGAGAGGUGCUUGGCAAGAGACUGGAGGAGAAGGGCUUCGACAAGGCUUACGUGGUCCUGGGUCAGUUCCUAGUGCUGAAGAAGGAUGAGGAACUAUUCCGGGACUGGCUGAAAGAUACAUGCGGGGCCAAUGUCAAACAGCAGGGCGAUUGCUAUGGCUGCCUGCGUGAGUGGUGCGAUUCUUUCCUGUAGAGAAGCUAUUUUCUCCAGUUUCGGUUUUUCCAAUUUCUAAAUCACCAACAUCCAUUUACCUCUACUGUGGUCUCACAUCAACUUACACCUCAUAUGGACUCUCACUGCACAUGAGGAAGUUAAGCAAAGUCGGACGUCGUAACAUCCAGUUAUUUUUGAACUAUAGUCUUAUAGACUUAUGAAUGCUUUUAAAUCAGUAAGACAUACUUUGCUGCAGUCAUCCAUGGGGUUGUUACACCCAACUGUGUAGCUCUGUAAUGCUGACCUUUUCUAUGAUUCAAAUCUUUGGCUGCACAGAAACGUUGGGAAUGAGCUCAUUUUGGUUUUCCUGCAAUGUUAUUUCAAUUUGUUCUCUCUGUCAAAGGAAAUAACUUUUAUCAACACGGUUCCUUCACAUAAAAGGUAUAACUAAUGUUUGUACUCAUCUCCAACUGACUGUUUGCCCUUGCAUUUAUUUAAAUUAACUUAUAAUAGGAUUUUAACCCAUUUGAUACCACAUAGCUUUAACAUCUGUAGUUAAAAUGUCAAGAUGUUACUGUUCAUUUUUACAAAACAGAGUUCACAGGAAACACUAAGGUGUAAUUGCUCCAUGUUAUCUUGUGUUUGUUUUUGUCAAAGUUGAAGAGAUGCCUCAAUGUUGUAAUACAUUUUUUUUUUGCGAUCUACUUAAGAAGUUAGCUACCACAAAUCACCUAAUUUUCGAUUUUCACACACAAAAUGAAAGCCUAAAGUAAACCCACGAAAAGGAGCACUGUUCCAGGAAGUAAUUUCGAAGCAUGCGAGUGUUGCUUGCUAACUUUUAAUUGCUGAAUGAUGUUUUUUUCUGAAAUACUGGUUCAUGUUUUUGUGUUCGACUGAAAGCAUAUUAGCUUUUAUAUUGUUCUUUUGAAAUGAACAAAACCAACUGCAAGAUCUGGACAAUUCUGGGUUUGUUUUGUUUUUGCCAUUUUUGGGGGGGGAAUAAAAUCACAAAUGAAAUGCA